GCGCUAGGAAUGCUGGGAAAGCCCGUCUGGUUUCCUGUGCCGUAAAGAACUUGGUUCAUUCGUUCAGAAUUUGCAGAUUCUUUCUUUGGCUCUCCAAGGAGGGCUUUAAGAGAGCCCUGAAGCCAUGCCCUUCUCAACCCAGCCUGAAACAGGCCAAGAGCAGAAUGUUCUGGUAGCAACUCUUGAUAACGUCAGAAACCUCUCCAAUAUUUUGAAAGCCAUUCAUUUCAAAGACCAUGCUACUUGUUUCGCUACAUCAAAUGGACUCAAAGUCACGGUGGAAAAUGCAAAGUCUUUGCAAGCCAAUGCUUUUAUUCAGGCCGGAAUUUUCCAAGAAUUUGUAGUGCGAGAAGAAUCUGUGAUGUUCAGAAUCAAUCUGUCUGUACUUUUGGACUGUUUGACCAUCUUUGGAACAAAUUCUUUGCCAGGAACUCAGACAGCCCUUCGGAUGUGUUAUCAGGGAUAUGGCUACCCUCUAACCCUCUACCUGGAGGAAGGAGGGGUGGUGACUGCAUGUAAAAUCAACACUCAGGAACCUGAAGAAAUUCUCGAUUUUGACUUCUGCAGUACUAAUGUUGUAAAUAAAAUUAUCCUGCAGUCAGAGGGACUCCGAGAGGCGUUUUCCGAACUAGAUAUGACCAGUGAAGUGCUGCAGAUUACAAUGUCUCCAGACAAACCUUAUUUCAGUCUGGUACAUCUUUUCUUCUUAAGAUUAUCUACUUUUGGGAAUGCUGGAAGCACUCACCUGGAUUACCCCAAAGAUUCUGAUCUUAUUGAAGCCUUUCAUUGUAAUGAAACACAAACAAACAGAUACAAGAUAUCAUUACUCAAGCCAUCAAUUAAAGCACUAGCUCUGUCUUGCAAAGUAUCCAUUCGGACAGACAACCGAGGUUUUCUUUCGUUGCAAUAUAUGAUAAGGAACGAAGAUGGAGAGAUCUGCUUUGUGGAAUAUUACUGUUGUCCCGAUGAGGACGUGGCAGAAGCAGAACUGUAGCUAUCAUGAAAAUGUCACUGAAUUAAUGCCCGAGGAAACUGUUUAGUUCAAGGCAAUCUGGGAAAGAAACAGGACAAGAGAACAGAACAAUUGAAAGGCCAGAGAUCAGAACAUUCCUGAGCCAUUUAGUGAACCACACCUGAUUUCCUUAAAACUAGGGUGAUGGAAAAAUUCAGAUGGAGACAAUACGCUUUGAAGAAGCUGCUGCGAAUUCCUCUGGAGGAAUGUGUGUAAUACGCCAGCUCAGGUUCUAGAAUGAGAAUACACAAUAUUUUUUUCCCCCCGGCAAAGGUUUUGCUUGGCGUCCAAAAGGAGGGCAGGGUAAAGCCAAAAGUAUUUUUAUUUCAGUUAUCUGAAAGUAAAAAUUACAAGGAACAUCCGUGGCAGUGAGGCUUACGUACCCAAUGUACAAGCUAGAAAUUGAGCCUCUGAAACAGAGCUGAAAGAGAUACUGGUUGUAUGUCAAAAUGAGUCACUCACUGAAUUUCUGGUGGAAGAUUUAGCAAAACUGGGUUGUAUCACAUACUUUAUCUUUGAAUCUAGAAAGUAACCCAAAUUCUGAAUGGAUAUAUUUCUCUUUUUAUAUACUGCAUAAUAUGUUUUCAGAAAUAACUUUAAAUGUAGUUUUUAUUUUUUUCGUCAAGGUAACAGGCAAUCCCUUUCCAUUUCUCCUAUUUUGAACUCGGGGGGGUGGGAGGGACUUCCCCUCUUUCAGGCUUCCUGUCUUUCCAAGCAAACGGAAGAAAAAUUAGCACCACCAUUUUAGAAGCUAGGACACUCAACAUUUUAUAAAAAAAAUAGACCAUCAUUAUGCUUGGAAAAUUAUUCAAUGGGAUAUGGAGGAGGGAGUGGUGGUUGGAUGAAAAAUGAAGGAGGCAACACAAUGUAUAUGAUGUGUCCCUCCUCUAGCCCUACUUCUGUCUUUUCUCAUAGUGGCUUAAUUAGUUUAGUUAGUUUACUUUAUUGUCAUUGCACCUUGUACAAUGAAAUCAAACACCAUCUUCAGUGCACAUCAUGACCAUGAAAAUAAACACAAACGCACAUCCUUCACACUCCAGGCACUGAAUUGAAAAC